GUGCUGAUGGUAGCGGCGCCUGGGGCCCUGUGCCCGGAGCUCUGGUAGGGGGCCGCGGGGGAUGGGCUGGGGGCGUUGGCAUGUACUUUGUUAGAGAUGGCGGGAGGGGAAGGGUCCCAGUGCUCGGGCCGCUGCAGCGGCCCUCCAUCCCACCCCCAGCUCCUGAGGCCGCGCAGCCUCCGGCGUCCCCCUUUACGAACCCCAGGAGCUAGAGAGGCAGGAGAGGUGUUGGGGCAGGGGCUCCGCCAGGCCAGAGGAAGGGGGGGCUGCGUGGUUUCAGCCCCCGAGAGGGGAGGGGCGACGAUUCCUUUCCGCCGAGCUAAAGGGGUUUAAAGGGCGGCUCUUAAAGGGGACGCGGGAGGGGCUCCGGCCAGCUGAGCAGCAACCCCCUUUCCCCUUCCCUUCCCCUCCCCCUACCCGUACCCCUACCUACCCUUACUCCCUCUCACCGAUUCCCUCCCACCCCGCCCCGCCCCUCCUCCGCCUAGGCCGGAGGGGAGGAUGCGGAGGGAGGGAACCUUUGCCCCCACAGCAGUCCGGCGGGUUAGGCCUGCUGCCACUCUAAAGGGCUGCAGGGACCCUCGGCGGGGGGCCGGCCAAGACCAGCUGAAAGACCCGGCUUAGCGAGGCUGGAACUGCAUCUAGGGGCCUUGGCCUCUUCCCCUCCCCAGGGGACCAGGAUGGCGUGGAGUGGGCCAGGAGUAUGAGAAGACUUGGGGGAGGAAAGGGUUAAAGGUGGGGCCAGACACACAAACACACCCACCCCUUAGACAUACAUACACACACAUUCACGCAAGUUUCCCUAACACUGUAGCCUGGGCAGCUUUUGGGGAAGGAUUCAGGGUCCUGAGUCCCAACCUCCGCUGCCUGGCUUUGGAACAGCCCCUUCCUUCCUUCUUCCUUCCUUCCCACAAUUCUCAUACUCUGCCAGCACACACAGAGCCUUGACUCAGGGACACACACAUACACACACCUCUGACAUUCCUUUACGUGCCCUACGUGCCACAAACCCACCCAGCCCUCACGUCCACACUGACAACACAGAGCGAUAUACACACAGCUUCAACCAUUCUCAUCCCAGUUCUUCUGUACCAGCACCCCGAAGCCAAGCUCUCUCAUUGAGGUACCAGCUCUGUGACACCCACACUCAUUCAGACACACAAUGCUUCCCCCUACACACUCAAAACCACACAGAUACACACAUUCAUAAACAGGUCUUCUCCAGAGAAUCCCCGUGUGUGUAUGUGUGUGUGUUCUCUGUCUUCUCUGUGUGUCUCUCUCCUCUGUGUCUUUGUCUCUCUCUCUCUGUCUCUUCUGUCUCUCUCUCCUCAGUCUCUUUGUCUCUCUCUCCUCAGUCUCUUUGUCUCUCUCUCUCUGUCUCUGUCUUUCUCUCUGUCUCUGUCUCUCUCUUUCUCUCUGUCUUUGUCUCUCUGUCUCUCUUUCUCUCUGUCUCUGUCUCUCUCUUUCUCUCUGUCUUUGUCUCUCUAUCUCUGUCUCUCUCUUUCUGUCUCUUUCUGUCUCUCUCUGUCUCUUUCUCUCUGUCUCUGUCUCUCUCUUUCUCUCUGUCUUUGUCUCUGUCUCUGUCUCUGUCUCUUUCUGUCUUUCUCUAGCUUUCUCUCUCUGUCUUUGUCUCUGUUUCUGUCUCUGUCUCUCUGUCUCUCUUACACACACACACACACACACACACACACACACACACACACACACACACACACACUACACCACAACCCACUCUUUAAGGAGUUGUCAUAUCCCUGUGGAGAAGUAAACCAGUUACCCAGGCGCCAUCACAUCUAAAGCAGGCCUUCAUCACUAACACUGAACCUUCACUUCUGACACUGAGACUCUCCCUAAAACCUAAGGAUCAUUCUCUGGUCCCUGAUGCCAAGUUUCUCUAUCUUCCGCUAAACCCCCUCAUUUCCAACAGAUCCUCUAACCCUGGCACCAUGCUUCCCCAUCUUUCCCUAACAAGCACGGUCUUCAGUCCCUAUCAUUCAACCUGCCGUCUCUGUCAUGAGCCCCUCCCGGACCCUGUGCCUCAAUCCCCAACGUUAAAUCUUCCAUUCUUGGCACUGAAUCCCUUCAUCCCCUGAUCCUGACCCUGGGCUUUCCAUGCCUCCCAUUCCUGCCAUAUCCCCACAUCCUUGACACUGAACUUUCCCAUCCCUGCAGAGAAGGAAUCCCUCCCACCCCAGAUCCUUACAAUGGAUUUCCUGAACCCUGACACUCCCCUCCCGGCCAUCCUUGAAACUUAAUCUUCCCAUCCGCGAUACCUAGACCAGAAUCCCCCAUCACCCUCGAUUACCCCUUCUCUCUUAUCAUUCAGGCUCCCAUCUCUGACAACACUGGCUCUGUCAUUCCAGACACUGAGCCCUCUCUAUCCUCAACGCCAAAUCCUCCAUCCUGACACUGAGCCUUCCUUCACCCUCUCUGACACGGAAUCUCGGUCUCUAAGCCUAAGCCUCCUCUCGGACACUGAGCUUCUGGCCUGCCUCUCUCUGGGUCCUAGACGGAGGCAGAACAUGAGUAAUGAUCACAUUGAGGCUGCCCCUUAGAGCUUCAAGAGAGUGGAAGGGGAAAGGGAGGGCAUUUCCUUUUCCUGAACUCUGGAAUCCUCUGGGAGGAAAUAGGGUGGAGGGACAGACUGGAGAGGAUGUGAUGCUGGGAGUUUAGGAGAACUGAUACUCUGGGAGGCCCUUGUUGAACCUUUGGGGAAGAGGCCUGGGGGCAAGAAGAACUUGGGAUCAGGAGCAUGGCUACAAGGUAUUUGAGACUUGUUGGGGAACGGUGAGAAGGGAAUCAGAGCAAGUCAAGUGGGGGCAUCAGGACUCUGCGUGUUGCUACUGACUUCUAGUAGCCUCUGAGGGCUGGGAUUCCUGAACCCCUUCCUGCUGACAGCCAUCACCCUGUGGCCUCAGUUUCCAUCUCCCAUCAGGAAGGGAAGCAAGUCUGAGGUCCCUGGUGACUUUAAGGGGAAUGGUUUUAGUGGCUCUGGAGGUGAGACAUAUCUUAUAUAAUGAGCAGGAUUGGCUUUUGCUUCCCUGGAGUUAUGGGGUUGGACAGAAUGACUCCCCACUCCCUACUCUUUCCUACCAGGGGCUACGAAAAAGGAGGAAUAAAGUCUUUAGGGUCAGAGGUCUUGGACCUGAGGCCACCCAUAGCCUAGCUGGACCUCAUCUUAGACUUCAUUCCCCCUCUACCUGGGAUCCCCCCCUCUGUCUGUCUGUCUGUCUGUCUGUCUCUCUCUCCCCCUCUCUCUCUCUCUCUCACAUAAUGAAGCUGGGAAGUUCCUGGUCCUCCUGCCCCAAAAGGAUUUAAACCUCAGAGACUUGAGGAAUGUGGAUGAGGCUUGUGAUAGAGACACACCCACCCACAUUCCCACUUGGGUUGGGGGGAGGUUCUGGCAUUGGGUGACCUUGGCAGACCUUGGCUCCCCCUGCCCCCCAGGUGGCUCCACCAGGGCCCCUGCCCCGCGCCUGAGUGCCAUGGAAUCCAUGUUUGAGGACGACAUCAGCAUCUUGACCCAGGAGGCGCUGGGGUCCGGCGAGGUGUGGCUGGACGGGCCGGGGGGCCCUGUGCUGGGCAGUGACAUGUGCUCUGCCUCCCACUUCGCACUCAUCACAGCCUACGGGGACAUCAAGGAGCGGCUGGGGGGGCUGGAGCGGGAGAAUGCUACCCUACGGCGCCGACUCAAGGUGUAUGAGAUCAAGUACCCGGUCAUUGGCGACUUUGGAGAUGAGCACAGCUUCUCCUUGUAUGAAAUUAAGGAGGGCUCCCUGCUGGAGGUGGAGAAAUCCAGUCUACAGCAGCGACUCAAUCAGUUCCAGCAUGAGCUCCAGAAGAACAAGGAGCAGGAAGAACAAUUGGGAGAGAUGAUCCAGGCCUAUGAGAAGCUGUGCGUAGAGAAAAGCGACCUGGAAAAUGAGCUGGGGGAAAUGCGGGCUUUGGUAGAGACCCACCUGCGGCAGAUCUGCGGCCUGCAGCAGCAGCUCCGGCAGCACCAGGGGGGUGGGGACAGCAGCUUCCCCUGCCUGAGCCCGCCGUCGGCUCCUGCCCCCCCAGACCCUGACCUAGACCUGCACUACCUGGCACUGCGAGGAGGGCCUGGCCUUGGCCAUGUGCUAGAGCCUUCCCUGGGCUGGCCCAGCCCACCCAGUGUUGGGGAACUGGAGAGGAGGCGGCUGGAAGAGGCUUUGGAAGCAGCUAGAGGGGAGGCGAGGGGGGCCCAGCUCCGGGAAGAGCAGCUCCAGGCUGAAUGUGAGCGGCUCCAGGGAGAGCUGAAGCAGCUCCAGGAGAGCAGGGCUCAGGAUUUGGCGUCCAACCAAUCGGAGCGGGAUAUGGCAUGGGUAAAGAGAGUCGGAGAUGACCAGGUUAACUUGGCUCUGGCCUACACAGAACUGACUGAGGAACUGGGCCGGCUCCGGGAGCUAAGUUCCCUUCAGGGGCGGAUCCUGAGGACCUUGCUACAGGAACAAGCCCAGAGGAGUGGCCAAAGACACUCCCCUCUCUCCCGGGGUCACUCUCCAUCUCCACAGUGCCCUUCACCAUCCCCGCCAGCCCGGGCUCCCCCACCCGGGCCCCAAUGUCAGUCCCCGGUCCCCCAGCGCCGCUCCCCUGUUCCUCCUGUACCCCCGUGCCCUUCGCCCCAACAGCGCCGCUCCCCUGCCUCACCAUCCUGUCCGUCACCUGCCCAUCAGCGCCGCUCCCCUGUGCCCCUGCCGCCCCCUCCGCCAUGUCAGUCUCCCGCCCCUCAGCGCCGCUCCCCUGUGCACCUCCCCUGCCCAGCUCCCCAGCCGCGGCCCCCACCAGGGGAGAGGACUCUGGUGGAGCUGGCCUAUGCCAAGCCACCCAGUCACCACGUGAAGGCUGGCUUCCAGGGGCGCCGGAGCUACUCCGAGAUGGCUGAUGGGGCGGGCUACGCAGGAGCUGUCCCCUGGCUUCAGGCGGAGGCCUCCACGCUGCCCAAGCCCCGGCCCUACGGCGGGGAGCUCUACAGCCCCAGCCAGCCUCUCAGUCCCCGAAGCACCUUUGAAGGCAUCCGGCUUCGGUUCGAGAAGCAGUCUUCAGAAGAGGAAGAGUGGGCUGUGCCCAGCCCCCCCAGCCCAGAGGCGGGCACCAUCCGAUGCGCUUCUUUCUGUGCCGGUUUCCCAAUCCCUGAGACGCCCACUGCUGCCUACACCCACGCAGAACAUGCCCAGUCCUGGCCGUCCAUUAAUUUGCUAAUGGAGACUGUGGGUUCCGACAUCCGAAGUUGUCCUCUCUGUCAGCUGGGAUUUCCCGUUGGGUACCCGGAUGAUGCACUCAUCAAACACAUUGACUCACACCUGGAGAACAGCAAAAUAUAGGGCACUCCUACCUCCCCCCAUUGGCCCUUCAUCCCCUCCCCUCCCCUCACCAGACAAAACCAUUCUCCCAUACUUUGAAUGCUGCAUGAUUCUCGCAGGGUCUGCCCCCUUCCCCCCAUGCUACUCCCAGAUACCUCCACUAGCUACCCACAAGUCUCGCUAUGUGUGCUGUCUCCCUCUCCUACUGCCAGUCACCAUUUAGGUCUGGCUCACCCCAGGAGGAGAUGCCAAGAUCCCUUCCCUGCCUCUUAUGCUUCCUCUGUGGCUCUGCCCCAGGGAAGUUGGGGACUGGGUGGGGAUGGGUCAGGGUUGUCUGUCCCCCUCUGAGUCUCUUUGUUCACCUUCCAGUUCACAAAUUGUGUGAGAUGCAGCUAAGUCUCUAAUAUCAUGGGGCUAGUGGGGGGAGGGGAAGGGGAAGGGAUUUGUGAACUUCAGGAGGCCCCACCCCACCCUGGAGAUGUCUCUGUGAUGUGUCCUUGUUACCACACCACACCACACCCCAUCUUGGUCCUCCAUGGUCCCCCCACUCCAGGUCCUCAGCCUUGCCUGGCAUUAAUGUCAGGUGCCAACUUUUCCCUAUGCACUGAGUCGCCUGGAGUGGGGCUCCCCUGGGGAGAAAAUACUAGAUUUAGCCACCCCCUCAUUCCUCUCUUCCCACAUACAUUUGUCCAUCCAUACAUCCCAGGGCUACCUCUCCUUACACUAUUCCUAGAAAGUUCUCCCCAGCUCCCAACUGCCCCCGCAGCAGGGAUUGGAUGAUUAACUUUAGAGACUGGAGUGAGGGUGCUGCCCUUCCUACCACACUUGCCUGCCUUCCUGGACCUGAGCAUACUAUGGAUCUGCCCUACCCUCCUCCUCCUUCUGGCCUUCCCAAAGUCAAGUAGCCACCCCUAACUCCCACUACCAAUGCUUCAAUUCGAGGUUUCGUGUGUGUGUGUGUGUGUGUGUGUGUGUGUGUGUGAGUGUGUGAGUGUGUGAGUGAGAAAGAGAGAGAGAAAGAGAGGGAGAGUCAGUCAUACCCAGCAAGGAGGUGCUGAGUAGUGAUGGGGUUGCAUUAGGAAGAUUCCCUGGAUGUGCCAGCCUAGGUUGGCAGGUUUUCCCUCCCUUCCCAACUGGAUACCAUCUGUGUCAACUUGCUGGUCCCAGGCGCUCAUCUGGUUACCUGACUGAGUUCCUGGAACCUUCAUCUCACAUAGUGGUGGGCAGAUCUUCCUUUCCUAUUGCCCAGACACCAUUACCACAAGUGCCCUGGGAACCCAGAAGGGGCUGGUGCCAGGUCAGGCAUGGGCAUUGGCAUUGCUUCCCUGGGUGUCAGACCGGAUUCCUGUAAAGUGGGUGGGUUGGUAGGCAGCCCAAACUGUUCCCCAGUGCCCAGGUGGGAGUGGGCAAAGGGUGGGCACCUGGGCCUAGCCUGACCCUGAGAAUUGGCCAAGGGCAGGCCACUGAGAUCUGCUUUAAAAAGAGCUAACUCCCUCAACUGAUUCCCCCCUCCCCACCUCCCACCCACACUCCCUCUGUGAAAUCUACCUCAGAGUUGAUAAAUCCCAGAAGGAUGGGUAUGAGGGGACGGGCUGUGGGGAGGGAAGACCCCCAGGGCCAAGAAGGAGAACUCCCACAGGGAGAGCCCGAACCCCCGAUGAUUAAACCAACUUUCCCUUUCCCCCCACAAGCACCACCUGGUGGUCAGGGGCGGAAGAGUGCUGCUUUCAAUGCAUGUACAGUUCUGAUCCAACUCUUCCAGAAUUCCCUUGACCAUCACAGCUCUCCCCAACUCCUGGUUUCCUACCCCUUCGCCUCUGUUCUGGGGGUGUGGGGGUGGUUGCAGGAGGGAGGUGUGCUGCAAGAACUCCAGAGACACACAGACCUGGCUGUAUCAUCUGAACCUGAGAGUUCCCCUGAAGGAGGGGGCAAGGCACAAGGGAGGAGGGAGAGGGGGGCCCAGUGCUCUGUGAACAAAAUAAAAGUCCAAAUAAAAGUUA